AUGGAUCUCCUGUGGGUGCUGUCGGUGUCCAUGUUGACGGUGUGCGUUGCCAUCCCCAUGGAUGCAGCGGCCGGGAGCCACAGUAUGUUCACCUGUGAGCCCAUCACCCUGCGCAUGUGCCAGGGGCUGCCCUACAACUCCACCUUCAUGCCCAACGUACUAAACCAUUACGACCAGCAAACCGCCGCCCUCGCCAUGGAGCCGUUCCAUCCCAUGGUGAACCUACAGUGCUCCUCAGAGCUCAGGAUGUUCCUGUGCGCGCUCUACGCCCCGGUGUGUACCGAGUACGGGCGGAUGACUCUGCCCUGCCGCCGCCUAUGUCUGCAGGCCAAGAGCGACUGCUACAAACUAAUGGACAUGUUUGGUGUCAGCUGGCCGCAGGAGAUGGACUGCAACAGGUUCCCAGACUGUGACGAGCAAUACCCCCGUCCUGUAGACCUCCUGUCCAGCUCGGACACAACCGAAACCCCCGUCUCCGUCCAGCGAGACUACGGCUUCUGGUGUCCAAGAGAACUCAAAAUCGACCCCGAGCUCGGCUACUCCUUCAUGGGGGUCCGCGACUGCUCUCCCCCCUGUCCCAACAUGUACUUCACACGCGAGGAGCUGGCGUUUGCCCGCUACUUCAUCGGGGUGGUGUCCAUCGUCUGUCUGUCCGCCACCCUCUUCACCUUCCUGACAUUCCUCAUCGAUGUGUCGCGCUUCCGCUACCCAGAGCGUCCAAUUAUAUUCUAUGCCGUGUGCUACAUGAUGGUGUCGCUGGUGUUCUUCCUGGGGUUUCUGUUGGAGGACAAAGUUUCCUGUAACGCAGCGAGUCCUGGGAGGUUUAGGGCUUCAACUGUGACUCAAGGCUCCCAUAACAAGGCCUGCACCCUUCUCUUCAUGGUGCUGUAUUUCUUCACCAUGGCCGGCAGUGUCUGGUGGGUCAUUCUGACCAUCACCUGGUUCCUGGCUGCUGUUCCCAAGUGGGGCAGUGAGGCAAUAGAGAAGAAGGCUCUCCUCUUCCACGCCUGUGCCUGGGGCAUCCCUGGUGUCCUCACAGUUACCCUGCUCGCCAUGAACAAGAUCGAGGGAGACAGUGUCAGUGGUGUUUGCUUUGUAGGGCUGUACAACAUGACGGCCCUGCGCUGGUUCCUGCUGGCCCCGCUGGGAUUGGACGUAGUGGUGGGUGUGGCUCUGCUGCUGGCAGGCAUAGCAGCACUAAACCGAGUCCGCAUGGAGAUCCCACUGGAGAAGGAGAAUCAGGAGAAACUAGUGAAGUUCAUGAUUCGUAUUGGCGUGUUCUCCGUGCUCUACCUGGUCCCUCUGCUGGCCGUUCUGGCCUGCUACCUUUAUGAGAACAGCUACAGAGGCAUCUGGGAGACGACCUGGGUCCAGGAGAAGUGUAGGGACUACCACAUCCCCUGCCCCUACCAGGUGGAGCAAACCAGUCGUCCUGACCUCGCCUUGUUCCUGAUCAAGUACCUGAUGAUGCUGAUCGUAGGAAUCCCCUCUGUGUUCUGGGUGGGCAGUAAGAAGACCUGCUUCGAGUGGGCCAGCUUCUUCCACGGCAAGAGACGCAAAGACGCGAUGGUCAAUGAGAGCCGACAGGUGCUCCAGGAGCCCGACUUCACCCAGCUGCUGCUCAGGGACCCCAACACGCCUAUCGUCAGGAAGUCACGGGGCACGUCCACCCAGGGGACCUCCACCCACGCCUCAUCUACCCACCUGGCCAUGCUGGAUGAACCGCCCAGCGCCAGCACCAGCCGGGCUGGCUCGGUCCGCAGCGCACGCUCCAAGAUGAGCAGCUACCACGGCAGCUUGCACCGCUCCCGAGACGGCAGAUAUACAGCCUCCAGUUUCCGGGCCAUAGACGACCGGCUGCCCUACGGGAGCAUGCCCCGCCUCAACGACCAAUCGCAGUCCAGACACUGUAGCACCAAUCGCCUGGACAGCCUAUCACGGCAUGGCUCCACCCAGCGACUAGAGAGCCACUCGCGGCACAGCAGCAUCCGGGACCUUAGCAGCGGCACCCAAGCAGUUCUUGGGGUCCCUGGAAACGGGAUCCACAGGGUCAUGGAGGAGGACGGCGCUACAGCCUGAACAGGCAGCGAACUGUAAUCUGGUUUACCCGGAUACUUCAGAAGAUGUGACAGGAUGGGUAGAUGAAAGUAGGAAAGAUGACUUCUUUCAUUUUCUAGAAAGGUGAAGAAUGUGUGAGGAUCCACAGUAAGCUGGACAGGAUACACUGUGGGAUCCACUCCUGGUGAAUCUGGGAGCUCAGCUGAAGCAAAAACUAAAGCUCCAGUUUACUGAUGAAGUUAGCUACAACGAGGCUACAUCCAGCCAAAUUAAGAGGACCGAUGGUGGACUGAUGCCUUAAAACAUCCUCUCAGCUUCACUCGACCUUCAAGCUGAUCCCAAAAACUGAAGUUCAGAAUAAUGUUUGUCCAGUUUACAAAACCAAGAUGGAUUCUGUAGUACUGAUUGUGACCUGUGGAUAGCAAAUGCUGGAAAAUGACAGCAAGACUUCACUGUUGGACUACAUUACUGAGCCAGCCAUGUGACCAACACUGACGGACUGCACUGGAUAGUUGUUUUUAUUAUAACUUGUGCUGUACUUGUUUGUAUAAAGGACUCUGAUCAGGAUCUUGAUGAUAAGACUUUACAGGCUCUCUCUUCUAGUCUGCUUUUUAGCUCGGGACGAAAGCAGGAUUUCUUUUAGGUUUACCUGCUACAUUUGAAUUUUGCACCUCUUCAGCUUUUCACCCUAUUUAUAAAAGGCGAUUUCUUUCACACCCAAACUCCACAUGAAAGGUAACAAACCACCUUUGUGAAGCAGUCUCUACAAAAGCUCUCCUGAACAAAAUGACUGGAUGCCAGAAUGCAAGGGCUGAAAUACAGGAAAAAAGCUGAAUCCAAACUCCUGCCUUAUGUGUGUUCAGACAGAAUGCUAAGAGAACUUGACAGGCAGCAUGAUGAUAUACAAAGUCAAUAGAAAGUUGAAAAAGUUUCAAUUCCGAACGUAUACCAGGGAUUUGAUUCUGCAUCAUAAACGAGAAAAGAGACAGAACUGGAGCUCCUGGUUCAGUCAGACUAAGCUGAACGCUGCUAGUGAGCGUACAGCUACGGCAAUUCACUUUGCUUUCUGUCUGAACACAUCAUUACAGUGUGAAUAGUUGUGCCCUUCCAUUAGAGUCAAAUUGCAAGUAGUUUGUCCCUUUUUAAAAUGUGUCCUUACUGUAAGCUACUGUGAAACGGUAGACAAACACUUCCUCUAGUGGCGAAACUUGUGCAUAGAUGUUAAAACUGAACUUUUUUUGUUCUUUUGUAAUAAAAGUUUUUUUUAAAGAAUGGUCACAGGAUAUUUCUCUGAAGUAAUGACCACACAGUAACACACUGGGGUUGUAUUUGUAACAGCCCUCCGCUUUAUUGAAAUACAUCGGAGUCAGGUUAAUAUGAGUUCUCCACAUAAGUGUGGCAGCCAGUUCCAUACAUUUUGUUUUGACCUUACACCUUAAAUAUUUUUUGUGCAAAAAAGAAUCUACAUCACCUGUAGUGGGUUAUCCUCAGUAAAACACCCAAACCGUUCAAAAAGGAGCAAGUCCAAGUAAAACAAACCGAAAACAAAAUGAUUACAUCUAUAACAUGCAAAACUGUACAAAUUAUUACAAAGCAAUCCUAGAAAAAAAAAAAA